GAUAAUCGUGGAGCCUCGCAUUAGUGGGGACCGAGUUAAUGAAGUUGUUCGAGAUAUGGGUUUUGAUAGUAAAUUAGUGAUUGACGCGGUGGGGUUCUCGGGAGGAAUUUCAUCAAAUGACAAUUAGUGCUUGGGCGAAAGGGGAAGGCUUCCGAGCAUCGGCCGAAGCUUUUGCUAGGGACGUCACUCAUUGGAAUUGAACAGUCUUCGGGCACAUUCAGAGGAGGAAAGAUCAGCUGGUUUGACGACAUGAGAGGCUAGAAAGCAUGGGUAGAGGGCCAGUAGAUAGGGAUGAAGUCACCCGGGUGCGGGAGGAGCUUGAGUUAGUGUUGUUGCAGGAGGAAGUAACCUGGUGCCAAAAAUCUUGCCUUGAAUGGAUCGCUUCGGGAGACCGGAACACAAAGUUUUUCCAUUUGCGCACCCUUUGUCGCCGUAAAAGGAACAUAAUUCUUAUGUUAAAGAAUACGGCAAAUGAAUGGGUAGAAGACCAAGACGAGUUGAAAGCUAUGGCGAUGGGGGUUUUCCAGUUGCUGUACACGGAUGAGGGUGGUGAUUUGCAGUAUCUCCCAGCUGAUUUCCCACUCAUAGAAUCAAGCCUCUUGGAAGAGGUGGACAAGUCGUUGACAAGUGAAGAAAUGGCGUAGGCAGUGCGCUCUAUGGGGGCGCUGAAAGCACCAGGAAAGGAUGGACUCAGCCCUUUUUUUUUCAAAAAUGUUGGACCACCGUAGGAGAAUCGCUGGGGAGGCUGGCAAAAGAUUGUUGGGAAGACCCGGGCAGAAUUAAGGAGAUCAAUGAGA